AUGGCAAAUCGUUCGCAUACCCCGCAGAAAAACCCCCAGUCACGACCACAGACUGCGCGACGGCCAGUGAAGUCCACACGUAAUGCCGACAGGAAUAGCGACAAACGCCCAGAUCCGAGAUCAAAGGUAGAUGACCUCGGAUUCCUGGAGCUCUCUCCCGGAACAGAUCCCAUUGUCGAUAUUGUCGCCAUCCAUGGGCUAGAUGGACACAGAGAAAAGUCGUGGGCCACGAAAGGGUCAAUUAUGUGGCUGCGCGACUUCUUGCCAACCGACUUGUCCAACGCUCGAGUCUUAUCGUACGGAUAUGAUGCCGACACCUCGAGCCGGGAGUGUGUAUCCACUCAGACAAUGCGUCGACAUGCGGAUGGAUUCGCCAGAGCGCUCGCAAGGAGACGCAAGGACCAUCCUCGACGACCCUUCAUCUUCGUAGCGCAUGAUCUAGGAGGUAUCAUCCUCAAAUGGGCGCUGGUGAUCUGCCAUAAUCAAAGACUAGAAACAAAAUGCGACCUUCGCGACCUUCUGACCUCCACCCAUGCGAUCCUUUUCUUCGGAACUCCCCACUCUGGCACCGACACCUCUCUUCUUGAACAAGUCACCCGCGUGGCCUCGGUGUAUAUGGAGACGACGGACACCAUCCCCAAAGAUCUUCGGGUUCACUCGUCUGAACUCGAGAAUAUACAGAGUCUCUAUGUUCAGGCAAGUACGAAUAUCCACACCAAUGUUUCGUACUCCUCGGCUGUGAUUGCUGGCGAUCCAAACGCAACGGCGAUUGUACUCCAUACCGACCACCGUGAUCUGGUCAGAUUUGCUGUUCAAGAUCAGGACAACUAUCAAACAGUUCUCCACUAUCUCAGAGAGUACGUCGACGACGCGGCUGUACAGGUGAAGGAGAAGUGGGUCAAGGAGGAUGCUCACCGUGGUGUUUCGAAGGGAGAGUCCAUUCCUGAGGAGGUGAUCAUGCCGAAACCCCGUCCACCUGUAUCAAGAGGCUACAUCGAGCGAAUUCAUUUCCAGUCUCUUAUCACGCGGAAGCUUCUGCCGGAUGGCCCAGUGAAGCACCAGCCACGGUGUAUACUACACGGGCUUGGAGGUGCGGGAAAGACGCAGCUCGCAACAAACUGGAUUCAAGAGAAUGAGAGCCGCUUCAAUCGGGUGAUAUUCGUCGACGCCACGAGCGAGGCCCAGCUGGAAGCAGACCUACAACACGCAGUCGAACAUCUUGGUUACAAGGAAAAGAAGUGGCUGCUCUUUAUCGACAAUGCCGACUCGCCAGACCUCGAUCUCCGCCCAUAUCUCCCUAGAUCGGUUGAUGGCGCGAUUCUCAUCACUACGAGAAACAGACAGUGCACCAAAUACGCUCAAGAUGGCGCAGUGCCUGUUGGUGGUCGUGAGGAAAGCGAAGCGAUCAACCUGCUUCACACAACUGCUGAUAUUGCACCUGCAUCCAGCGCCGAUUCGCUCGAGAUUGUGAAGGAGCUAGGGAUGCUGGCGCUCGCUAUCACUCAGGCAGGCGUGUACAUUCGCGACACAAAGCGCCUGAGUACAUACCUAGACACGUUUCGGAAAAGUCGGGACCGACUUCUAAGCAAGCAGCUAGAUCUCGACUCCGAAUACACGUCAUCGACAUACACUGCAUUCGACCUAUCAUUCCAUCGAUUACAGAAAACGACGCAAGAGUUCUUGAAGCUAUGCGCAUUCCUCCAUCACUCACUCAUUCCGCUGUCUCUCUUUGAGAGGUCGAUAACCUCUGGCUUCACCACGCACACCGUCGAGAAAAGCUGUCCUCCGCCGGCAAGUGACAAGACUUUUAGGUCAAAGCUUGAGGAGAUAUUUGGCAAGACAUGGGACGAGGUUUCGUUCCAGGAGAUCAUCAACGCGGCCUUGCGGGCAUCACUUAUCAACGUUACAACAGACGGCCUGUUCUACGCGGUUCAUCCUCUGCUGCAGAUGUACAUCCAGGAUUCGCUUGUCGUAGAGGACAAAAAGAAUUAUAUUCGGAUGACGGCACAAUUAUUGCUUGGUGCAAUUCGACCAGCACCAGGGAGCAAUGUGGAGCUUUGGCAACUGCUACCACAUGCUAACAGCGUCCCGUUAUCGACGCAAUCGGAGAAUCUAGCACAUACAUUGGUUUUCAACGAUUUUUACGAUUCUUUGGGAAAUUGGAACACAUGCUGGAAGCUGUUAGAAUGCUCACUCGCACAGGUCCAGCGAUGCCAAGGAGAAAGGCAUAUUGACACCAUGUUGGUAAUGAGCAGACUUGGAGAAGCGCUUUGGUGCUGUGGUGAACUCGGCAAAGCAGAGAAGAUGCAGAGAGAUACGCAUGUUCUGCGGCUUGAGGUCUCUGGACCACGCCAUCCUGACACCAUCGUAGCCAUGGGCAACCUUGCGCUCACCUUGGGUAGCCUUGGUCAAUUUGGUGAAGCCGAGAAGAUGGAGCGAGACGUGCUUGCUCUGCGGCUUGAGGUCUCUGGACCACGCCAUUCUGACACCAUCGUAGCCAUGGGCAACCUUGCGCUCACCUUGGGUAGCCUUGGUCAAUUUGGUGAAGCCGAGAAGAUGGAGCGAGGCGUGCUUGCUCUGCGGCUUGAGGUCUCUGGACCACGCCAUCCUGACACCAUCGUAGCCAUGGGCCAACUCGCGGGCACCUUGGGUAGCCUUGGUCAAUUUGGUGAAGCCGAGAAGAUGGAGCGAGACGUGCUUGCUCUGUGGCUUGAGGUCUCUGGACCACGCCAUCCUGACACCAUCCUAGCCAUGGGCAACCUCGCGGGCACCUUGCGUAGGCUUGGUCAAUUUGGUGAAGCCGAGAAGAUGGGGCGAGACGUGCUUGCUCUGUGGCUUGAGGUCUCUGGACUACGGCACCCGGAUACUCUCAAUGCGACCUACAAUCUUUCCCAUACACUAUAUCUCCAGAGACGGUUCGAAGAGGCUUUGCAGCUCUUAGAAGGCACAAUCGAACUACGCCGCGAGAUCCUUGGUGAACAUCAUCGUCAUACUCAAUGGGCGAUCCAACUUCUAGGAAAGAUCAAAUCUGCGCAGUCUUCUCAUGGCUUGUAG